UCAAUUUCCGUCUUUGGCAACAACAAUGUCGGUCACGAAUUUAACGACGCCACAUUACAAAUACAGCAUCAGCGGAUUAUCAAUCGCCUCGAAUUUGAAUAGGAAAAAAUCGAUUUCUGUAUCCGUUUUGCCGCAUCAAAAUGGGCAAUUUCUCACAGUGCCUUUUGCGAAACCGACUCUCAAGCGAUCCGUGUCCGAUAGUAAUUUCAGCAAAAAAUCCAAAAGUUUUGAGUCGUUGCGGAGAAUUGCUACAGAAACGUCGUUGCAGAUUCCGGAGAAUUUUAGUUUUCAAUCUGUGCGAAUUGAAACGUAUAAAAUUCGAUGGGCUUUGUUGGUAAUGGUGAUUCUUUAUACGGCUCUAUCGUACAUGCAAUGGAUCCAAUACUCAAUUAUCGCGAAUAUUGUGAUGGAAUACUACAAUGUCAGCUAUAUUAUUGUCGAUUGGUUGUCUUUAGUGUUUAUGGUUACUUACAUUGUACUGAUAUUUCCUGUUUCGUAUCUCAUGGAUUGUAGAGGCCUUCGUUACUCCGCCCUUAUAGGAUCAAUAGGAACAGCUGCCGGUGCAUGGAUCAAAGUCUUCUCCAUCAACGCCGAUCAAUUCAUGAUCGCCUUCUUAGGUCAAACAAUUGUCGCCAUAUCACAAGUUUUCGUUCUCAUAGUCCCCGCUCGUCUCGCAUCAGAAUGGUUCAAAGCAGAAAAUCAAUCAAAAGUUUGCUCGGCAACAGUUUUUGCGGGACAAGUUGGAACAGCAUUAGGUUUUCUCAUUACUCCGAUGAUCGUUUCUCAUAAUCACGAUGAAGUCAGGGAUGGAUUGUGUGUCUUGAUGCUCGGAACAGCGAUAAUUUCCACGAUUGUAGCUGUAGUUGUGGCAGUGUAUUUUGAGUCAUCUCCGGCGAAUCCUCCAACGUAUGUACAAGCAAUUCAAAAGGCUGUGAAUCAAAGUAAUGAUGGAUAUAUUGAGGCAGUUAAACGGUUGUUGGUUCAUAAGGAGUUUAUGAAACUUGUGUUGGCGUAUGGACUGAAUGUGGGAGUUUUUAAUGCUUUUUCGACGUUGUUGAAUCAAAUCGUGCUGGGAUAUUUUCCUAACAGUGAACAAGACGCCGGCAAAGUAGGUCUCUCCCUAAUCAUCAUCGGAGCAAUCGGUUCAUUAGUUUUCGGCUACACGAUGGAUGUUACCCACAAAUUCAAGGAAAUCGCCAUUUGGGUAUGCAAACUUGGCGGCAUCACAAUGGGUGUCUUUUGCCUCGUUCUUGAAGCGCAGUCACGACUCUUACUUUUUAUCGCUUCAUUUAUUCUCGGAUUUUUCAUGUUGGGCUUUCAACCGAUCGGAUAUGAAUACGCGGCGGAAAUUACAUUUCCCGAACCGGAUAACAUUGUUGGGGGAAUUAUGAAUAUUUCGACGCACAUUUUUGGCGUUCUCUUUACGCUAAUUUGCUCCGAAAUUAAUUCGUAUUUAGGGGACUUGGUGGGAAAUUUAUGCUUUGCGUUAUUGCUGUUCGCAUCGACGUUGGUGGUAGCGUCUGUUCAGUCGAAUUGCAAGCGACAUUAUGCUCAUGCCGAAAUAACGGAAGUCGCGAAGGAAUUGGCCCAAAUUACGGAUGACGAUGAGGAAAAUGCCAAAGAGUUUACGGGUUUAACGUUAAAAAUUGAUACAAGUGUUUAAAAGUGAGGCAAAAAAUGGAAAUAUAUCAAGCUUAUUUCCAGCAAGUCUAUCAUUUAUAACGAUUUUAAGCCGACACUCAGCGCACAUUAUUGUGUUUAUUAUUGCGAAAAGUCGUAAAGUUAAUACACUUUUGAUGUACAAGUCAAUCCCAUAAAGUUAUAUAACAAUAAAUAUAAUUAUU